CCGAGCCGGAGGGAUGCGGAGUGGCGGCGGCGGUGACGGGGACUGUGGCUUUAAGAGCGCGCCCGGAGCCCGGGAUCCAGCCUGGCGGGCUCCCGCAGCUGCGCACCCCCGCGGAGCCGAGCCCAGCGCUGGCCGGACGCGGCGGCCGGCGGCCGGCUCUGCAGGCUGCUGAGAACCAGCUCUAGACCUCUGCUUGAGUGCUCCUCCUCUGAAGACAUCACCAGUGUGUGGAGCCUGCCCCACACCCACCUCCUGCCAAACCACGGCCUUCACCUGUGUCUUCCGGUGCUUCCCGUGCGACCCAUCCUGUGCGGGUGCCUCGUGGGCCACCCCGGAGUUUGCCCCACGCUCAGCAGCACCAAUGGUGAAGAUGACGCGAUCCAAGACCUUCCAGGCAUAUCUGCCCUCCUGCCAUCGGACUUAUAGCUGCAUCCACUGCAGGGCCCACUUGGCCAAUCAUGAUGAACUCAUUUCCAAGUUGUUCCAAGGAAGUCAAGGACGAGCAUACCUCUUUAACUCCGUAGUUAAUGUGGGCUGCGGGCCUGCCGAGGAGCGCGUGCUGCUAACGGGACUGCAUGCGGUUGCAGACAUUUACUGUGAAAACUGCAAAACCACCCUGGGCUGGAAAUAUGAACACGCAUUUGAAAGCAGCCAGAAAUAUAAAGAAGGCAAAUACAUCAUUGAGCUAGCACACAUGAUCAAGGACAAUGGCUGGGACUGAUUGGAGCACAUCCGUCCAGCCCAGUGUCCACGUGAAUGCCAUCCAACCGAACAUCUACCCAAGCGUGAGGGAGUGACUGAACCCUCGGUUCCAUCCAUUUAGGGGCCUUGCCAUUUGGGGCAUUCCCCCUCCCUGACACCGUCUUUCUGGUGACUGGCCUCUAAAUUGCUGUCUCUGUCUCUUUGCUUUGUAUCUGUUUGUGAGUUGAUCCUGGCUUCUCUCUCUGUUCUAGUGUUGGCUGAAAACAAAAUAAUGAAAGGACAGACUGCAUGGCGGCAGCCCACCUUGAUAAGGGUCUCAGGGCCCACGUGAGAGCUGCCUGAUGGCCUCUUGUCAGGAGAACAGUGGCACAGCAUGGGGGUGUGAGGAAGAGGGAAAGGGGGGACCUUAAGAAUCCUGGGGGUGGGCAGGGGAUGGGAAGGUAGAGGUAGGCACAAAACUGUGCUGCUCCUGGAGCCCCAGUAACUUAGGCUUGAAAUAAUCAACUUGUCUAAAAGGAUGAAGAGAAAAAAAAAAUACCUCAUGACUGCAUUCUCUCUGACCAUAUGUGCCAGGCCAGCAUGUGAGUGCGAGAAGUGGCCCAGAUUCCAGCUGGCGGGGCAAGGGCCUGGUUCUCCUGGGCUCAGAGGGAGGGAGGGUAUCCUGGAAGCGAUGAGUGGCUUGGAAAAAGCCCAGAUGGGUUUUGAUGGCUCUGGUGCCUCAUGCUCCUCUGGGUAAUAUUCUUCUUGCCUCUUCAGCCACCAUAGGUGAGAGGAAAGGGGACAGCCAUUUGCAAUGGGUGCAAGAGUCAAACAUCCCUAAAGUUUUUACCAACAACCAAAUAAAAGCAGUAAUUGAGCAGAACAGGGAACAAAGAGAAUUGCUGUUUGGGAGCUCCUGCAGAAACAGCUCAGAUAUUGAGCCAGAAAAAAUAAAAAGUAGAACCAGUUAGCAAUUCUGAGUGUAUGACCUUUGUUUUGGACCCUUAAUAAGAGAAGAGCAUUGUGGCAAGGAAAGGAGUAGGGUGGGGCGAUGCCAGGGAUAGUUUGGAUUUGACCCACUGUGGGAUAGGUGUAUCUUCUCUGGUAUGCAGUGGCUUCAGUGAGGUCAGCAAUUCUUUGUACAUAGAGUUUUAGGUGUUUUUCUCCAAUUUACUGUAGAUUGUGGAAAACCAAGUACGAAGGUUUUGAGCUUUAGUGAUGACCUGGCUGCUAGACUCCUCGUGCCCCUAGCUCCUUGGACUUGAAUGUUUGAGAGAGAGCUGUCAGAGCAGUCCAGCAGCAGGGAGGGCUUAGAUUUGGUGUCAAACAUCAUGUUACAGAUUCCAGCAUUACCUCCUACCCCCCCCCCCACCCAACUCCACACACCUCACCAUCCAAAGUUCACUGUUUGGGAAAUGGAGAAAAAAUCCCUAUAAGGUUCAUAAGGGAAAGAAAAAUUCAUUACAUUUUAGUCAACACUGUGAAGUCUGUUCUGCAGCAGUUCAGCCAGUACACGGUGCAUGACUGAUACUCAUUUAACUGAGUUAAUUUCAUUGCUUAGACUGAAAAUAAUAUUAUUGUUAAAAUAUGUAUAGGUUAUGUUAUGUAAUUCUCAGCAUCUCAAGUUCCAAGUAGGCUGAUUUAUUGGAAAGUUCACUCUAAAAGUCAUAAAAGAGUUCAGGGAGACAAGCAUUAUAAAAUUGAUUAACCAAGAUGCAAGCAGCCAACCCAGGACAUUUUCAGAAUUGAACCAAAUUCCCACAGUGGGUGAGUCCAUGGUGAAAAUGCCUUGUGGCGCCUCUGUGUACUGAUGGCAGAGUGGGGACCUGAGCUAGGCGUGGUCCUGGCCUGCCGUGGUGGGCAGCAGGCCCGACUGCAAGCGGGGCAGUUCCGUGUUUACCCGUAGAUGGCCUCUGUAAGACAAAAGGAUUCUUAGAAAUCGAGUUUUGUUCCCAAAAUUUUGUUUGGUGCUUUAGUAGCCCUGGGAGAUUAAGUUCUCUCCACAUUACUAAAAAGCAGACUAAGGUUCAGAAGAAGUAUUUCAUUUCCACUCUCAGAGAAACAGUUCUUCCGGCUCCCAGGCCCAAGAUUUCAAUAAACAAUAUUUUCCACUGUCACAUUCCCAAGCUCGCUUGCCAGCAUAGAGAUCAGAGGUUCCCUUCUCUGUCCCCUGUGAAGGUAGUGGUCUUCAUUUAUGGAUUUUGAUUAGCCUUUUUGCUCAGGGAAUGUCCUGGCUAUUGAAACUCCUUUACGUAGGAAGAAAAUAGGGGUUAAAUAUGGGUAGGUGUUUUGUCUUUAAAACUAAAAAUGGAGUGUGGUGACACAGAAAUGGGACAUGGGUGUCCUGCAGUUUUCAAGGAGCAGCACAGAUCAGUGUGCCACUGUUGUCCCUUGGGGAUGGGGCCUCCAGUUGUUGCAUGGAUCAGAGCAGGCUCCAGUUAGACCCUGGUUCUGUUUUUUUCUGAUGACUCUCCAUUGACCAUCUGGUGGGUGCAUGGCGCAUACUUGGUGGGAGAGACCUGAGUAGAAUGUUGGUUUUUCCAUGACUACAGGGAAAAAACAACUUACUAGGCUUUCCCUUUGUGUCAGUGAAACCAAAAGUGCUCCUUAUAACUUGAGCUCCACUCAUGGCUUGUGUAUGUACCAUCCAGCAGGAUCGGAGAGACCACCGCCCCGUGACGGAGACCCAUCAACCCAUGGCCUCAGUUCAUUCUUUAAUUUCCUCACCGAAUUAUUGACUCAAAGCAUAACCAAAGACCUCAUCCACUCACUCCUGGUAGGUUCAGGGAAUUGGAAUUUGAUGGUAAAGCUUAGACAGAGUGCAGGGAGUCUGGAAGGAGAAAGGGAGAAAGGGGAAGGCAUGCAGUUCUAUACCUCAGCCAGCAGCUGCCUUCAUUUUCAGCUGAAGUCCAGUGGGCAGACUAUUUCCAUCUCCCCUGUGCCACCCGAGCUCAUACGGCCCUGGCGGCCUUGUUCCGCGGGAUAUUACUCGUCUCAGGCUGCUGAUGGGUUGACUUGACAAGAAUCAAAUAUAGCCAAACUUAAUGCCCACAGAUUGUCGACUGGGCUUGAGUGCUGCCUCAACUCCUGCGACAGUAGUGACAUCAUGAGACAGAAUAGAAUGAAUCUUUGCUGGUGGAUCUGUGUACGAAAAAGAGGUGUCCCCUUUAUCAAAAGAUUUCCCAGUGGAUAUAUAUAAAGGAAACAGUUUCUUGUGAAAUAUACUUUUGUAAAUAAUAUUUAAUUUUUUAAAUAAUAUAUUUGGUGCUGUUUUCUCAGAUCCCCUGAGAGCACUUUUUAUUUUCAUUUUUUAAUUCUAUGGUUUCCUCCACAUUUCUUGAAAUAUAUUUUAAGGGAAACAGUGAUCACCAAUAUACUCUUUUUUUUAGAAAAAGAUCUCUAUCACUUUAAUCUGGACAGAGGCAAUAAAGUAAUGUCUCUCUGCAUUUUUCCCCAAUGGCACAGACUCUGCAGUACAUUACCAGGUUGAGAAUUGAUAUAUAUUUCUAGCACCAGUAUUGGCUAGAAAAUAAAAUAAAAUAAAAUUUAGUAACGACUUAGAGGGAUUCCUCUUGUGGGAAAAUUUCUAACAAUUUGGGAUCUUGUUUUUUAUUUGUGUGUGUGUGUGUGGUACAAAGCACUUUGGGUUGUGCCUCCUGUUUUCUUGUUAAUUGAGGACACUAUACUACAGUUUACACCUUGGGCACAUAAGGUCUUUCUUCUGUGUCUCUCUGGUUGUUUUGUUUCCAAGUGGACCAGCAGCACAAACCACAGGGAUUUUGUCAUCCUGAGCAGGGAGCCGCUGCUGAUUGGUUCCGUUUUCUUUGUGCACUCAACUUUUACAGACUAUAAAGGAAAUCUGUUGUUCGUGAAGAUCAAGCAGAGCCAAGUCUGCAUUUCUAACUGAGAUGUGAGUGCGCAUUCAUCAUGUUUCCCAGGGUUCCACUUGUGGUAGACGCCACAUCAUGUUAAACGUUAUUAACUGGUUGGGUUGAGAGAGCAUGAAUAAAAUAAUGCACAUACCUUGUAGGUAAACAGCUUUUUUUUGUUUUUUUAAGGUCAGAUUGCCUCAGGUUCAGAAAGAGGCUGGGAAAUCAAAUCUUGAACACAUCAACUUGUAUAUUUUAAAAAAGAGUCUGCCGCAAAGGAGAAAACAUGCUAGUGGUCUAGGUAAAGGAAAGAGACCUUUAAUUUUUGAAUUAAAAUACAGUCAUGAAAUCUGCCAGCAGUGAAAGGUAAAGCCAUGAAGAAACAAGCUGUUGUAUUUUUACCAAAUUCUAUCUGCCCAUUUGUUUUGUAUAACGUUUUGAUUAAAGUAAAACUCCGUUCCCUUUUCCAACCUGCAAGACUAUCUUUCAGUACAGAAUCUGUCUGUCUGUGCUUGUGUUUACAAACGGUAUUUGUUGGGUUUGGGUUUUGUUAUUUUCUUUCUUUAUCUUUUUUGUUGUUGUUGGUGGUGGCAUUUUUCAGGUCACAUUGCUUCAAUAACAAAGAUAAUUAUUUUCAAAUAAUUCGUCUUCACCUUUUUCCUGUAUUUGUACCUAGUGAUUCAAUAUUAGAGAAAAGUGAAUUGUUUCUGUCAUGUUUCCAAUCUGUGUUGGUGCUCAUUUGAGAAAAUAAAGUUUUUAAAUACUAA